GUGGAAACUGAUAUCGGGUCUUAAUAAGCCCAUGAUUACGAAUCCUAUUGACGACGGCGAAACAGCUCUUCUGCUGUCGUCUCUUGACGCGCAAACGCAAUCAUCCAUGCUGAGCUUUCUCCCUGUGCCUGAUGCACUACGAGGGAAUUUCUUUGUUUUGAGUUCCUUCGAGGAUUUGGUUUUAUGCGGGUUUGAGGUGUUGGCUUCGGGAGAGGAUGAGAUCGACAAGCCCCAUGAGCUGAGGAGGUUGUUCUUCGUCUGCAAUCCGUUUACACAGCAAUGGAUCGCCCUUCCUCUAGCGCCUGACAGGUCAACUGAGCAUCAACAUUUGUCGAUUGCGAGUUUAGUUUGUGAUUCUGAUGGCGAAGGCCGAGUCGCUAGCGAUCGAUUCCGUGUCGUGCGAAUUGCCGGAUGGUUUGGCUCUCUGAAACUAGACUUGUUCCGCUCCGAGUCCGGGGAGUGGAGGAAAGAAGCACUGGCUCUGGCGCUGGAUGAUUUCCCAUGGUCAGGAAGGGCGAUGCCGUGGUGCAAUGGCAAGUUGUAUUUGUGUUUUGAUGGCUCGAAAAUUGCUGGGUGGGAUCCUUUCUGCCCAGAUACACCUCCAAUGUCUAUUGAUGCUGUUGUUACAGCCUACGAAAGGAAGCCGCUUCGCUUUCCUCAAGUUUGCGCCUCACAAGAUGCUUUGCACUUUGUUUAUCUUGUACCUUGUCGUUGUUCAGGGGAUAUAUUGAGUGUUUGGAGAUGGGAGGAAGAAGACGAUGGCGGAACAUGGAGCAGAGCGCACGCAGUGGGUUUGAAUAUGUCUAACCAUGACGAAUUUCGGGAUUUAAAUGUGGAUGGUGUACUUGCUAUGCAUCCGAGUAACCCUGACAUUGUCUUCCUAGAGUUUUCUUCUAGCCAGAAACCAUGCCUUGUCUACUCCUUGAAUUUGAGGACGAGGGAGCUUAAGUUCUUUGCUGAUCGAAUACGUUCUACGGAUUGGAAAGUGUUCCAACCGAGGUUCACUUACUGGCCUAGCCCAAUUCCAAGUUACGAGGAACUGCGAGAUCAUCAUGUGUAUGAUGGAAGCUGCGAGUGGUUGGUACAGAGCAUCGAAUCAACUCGGGCACCAACAACUACUACUGAAUGUCAACCGAUUUAUGGCGUUGGCGAACUUGGUCGUCGACCAAGGAAGCACAACAGUGGUACAUCACCACAGCCCAAGCGUGCGGUUAAGAAGCAGAUAGAGGCGAGAGGCUGGAAUGACGUUGAACUGACAGAUGCUGUUCCUGCACUCCAUGUCAUACCAUACAUAGAUGAUGAACUGUUGCGGUAUGCUUGUGAUUUGUUUGAAGAGGACAACAAGAAAGCAAAGAGUUCUCUUAGCAUUGGAUGGUGGAAUCCAAAAGAAGUGGCUGCUAAGGUAGCUUUGCCGAAAGGAGGCUGUACAAAAGGCCUGUUGCUUUGCAUCCUCUGUAUCAUCAUAGUAUCAGUGACGAUGGCACUUUAGGUGUCUGCUUCCCUCUAUUAUUAUUGCUUGCAUACUUCUGCCUUACCCUUAGACGAUGAUAGUUUCUUUUUUUUUUUUUUUUUGAAAGGAGAGACAUAAGAGAAGCUUAGAUAGUAGAAUGAAAAUGUUAUUCGGUAAGAGUUGUAAGAGGUGAGAUAUUUGAUAAGCAAAACUAAAGCUGAUUUUCCAGC